GCGCCUGACGAGGAAAGUCCUAACCAAAGGAGAUGACUUCUCUGUACCUCCUGACCCUGCUCCUGACAUUGGAAACCCCGACUCAGGGAGUAUUAAGAUGGGGAAUACUGUCUGCCUUUCCUAAACCUAUGCCUGUCCGCUUCAAUGCGGCCGUUUUUCCGCGCUUUUUCACUACCAAUUCUAGUAUGAAUCUGCCCUACUUAGCAAAAGACACUGUAACCGCCCCCUUAGGAGAGAACCGAUCGUUCUUUACUGAGGGAAGUCUAUGCUUUUCCACACAGAACCUUUCCAAGUGUAUUCACUUAAAACAGCGUAAGUACGGGUGGUUCGACAAGGCUAAGAUCACCGUGUCACAUACAAAUCCUACAAUUAGUGUGAACAUGCUCCAUUCAGUUCUCUGGAUCAAUGGGACCUUUGUAAACCCCCCUAACAGCACUCAUUCCCAUACUACUAGUCCCCAACAACCUAAAUAUUCCCCCCACUGUCUAGGUAAUUAUGAAGGAGAGUUGUGGCCCUGGACAGAUUGUCAGUCACAUAAAUCCACCUGGGCAGACGUAGCGCAGAGGUACACCAUCUCCCCUAGGAUGCUUGACCCAAUACUCCCAGGACCUAACGUUACUUGGGAUAUGGGAGGCUGGCAGCAAGAUAGGAACGUGAACCCUUUCCACAAAUGGAUGCUUUGUGGAAUUAAUGGCUCCUGUUCUGACCUUUCCCCUCUAACUGCCCUCCUGGGAGGAUCCAUCAGCGGUAGAAGUAAUGUCUCUUGUACUCAUCAUUCUACUUUGACCACAGGGAAAUCGAAUUUCAGCUGCACCACAAUACAUGAAGUGCAGAAUGCUACUGCUUUCCCACCUUCUCCAGUAUGCGUUUACCCCCCAUUUCUGUUUAUACUAUCCAAUGGCAGCCUUGACUCUUGCUCCAAUGAAACCUGCUUUAUGUCUCAGUGCUGGGAUGCACAUAAUUACACAGAUGCCUUAGUGGCCCGCAUCCCUCGUUGGGUCCCAGUCCCUGUAGACGCACCCGACGCCAUGACCCUGUUUCGAGAAAGACGUGACUUCGGCGUUACAGCCGCCAUAGUGCUCCUGAUCUCCGUGACCGCAGUUGUGGCCACCGCCGCUGGUAUAGCCCUGGACACCUCCAUCAAAUCAGCUACUGAGCUCAACAACCUUGCUGCUUCAGUAGCUUCUGCCCUAGACCAGCAAUCCACACUCGAUGGCAAGCUGAAAGGAGGAAUAAUGAUCCUCAAUCAGCGCAUAGAUCUAGUAGAAGAGCAAAUGGAAGUACUUUGGCAGAUGGCCCAAUUAGGGUGUGAGCGUAAAUACCGCGCCCUCUGCAUUACUAGCAUUCAAUAUGAUGAUUUUACACGGGCAGCUAACCUGUCACGAGACCUGUCCCAGUAUCUUUCAGGAAACUGGUCCCAAGACUUCGAUGGAGCGCUAGAAGAACUGCGGCGAGAAAUAAUCCACAUCAACUCCACCCGUCUAGAUAUCUCUGUAGCAGAAGGACUCUCUUCCUAGUUCCUCAGAGCUCUCUCCCACGUCAAGGAGUGGGCGGGCAUGGCUGGGAUGGGCGUGUUCAUGCUUGGAGGUCUCAUGCUCCUACUCUGGUUGUUAUGCAGGCUCCGCAGACAACACAAGCGGGACAAAGUAGUCCUUGCUCAAGCCUUAAUGGCAAUAGACGUUGGCACCUCUCCCCAAAUCUGGCUCAACAUGCUUGAGAAGGAAGCCCGGCUUUAGCUUGAGGUAGCUCUUGCACCCUGAGCCCAUGUGGCACUGCACCAGGCCCGAGUACCUCACUGCUUAAUCACAGCUUUCUUUAAGAAGCUCAUGGUGCAAGAGGGUUGAGAAAAAGGGUCCAAACCCUUUGUACCAAGCGGUCCCAACGCCAGCCAGAGGAUGCGAGGCAAAGCACUGCAAGAGGUCUUGGACCCCUCUGAGAGGCAUGCCUGACUGCAUAGGGGUAGAUGCCCAGAAACCCCUCUCCAAAAAAGGGGCAUCAGAAAGUGUGAUGGAGGUCAGGCCUCUGUCUCCGCCUCUGCUGGCAAGUUCCGCUUUGAGCUUCUAUUAGACAAAAAAGGGGGAGAUGUUGGCAGCCGCGCCCAGAAAAUGGCGCCCAAUGCAGGGCAGCCGGAAGGCCCCAAACUUCCUAGUGACAAAACACCCCACACCACUAAACCACAUGCUAAUUACGCCUUGGCAUAAGGACCAAUGAGACCCACCAAAUUGUUAUGCUAAUAAGGCGUAUGGAGCCGCACCAACCAGGUCAGAGCAUGAGAACUAUAUAAGCAAGCCUCUCCUUCCCCUCUGGGUCCUGCCCAACGCAUUUGUUUCACAAAGA